AUGGCAUGGCCAGGUAGUGCCGACUUCUCGGGUCUCCAUCAAUCACCGACAUCGACACCGUUCAGUGAAGGCGUACCGCAGUCGCUGCACCAGGUCCAACAGCAGCAGCAGCAGCAGCAGCAGCAGCAACUCACACCCACAUCUUCGACGACAGCAGGCCCACCGAGAAAGAGGAAGAAGAGUGAGAUCCAGGAUGAUCACAGUCCACAAGCAGACCAGUCAGCGGGACUGGCAAAGGCGCAUCCUCUACGAUGCAACAUCCAGACUGAACCAGAGUUCCAGCCAUGCGGAAGAUGCAUCAAACACAACUUGACGUGCGCCAUCGACCCAGGCUUUAAGCGACAGGAGAAGCGCCAGCGACAUGCCGAGAUGGAGCGUGAACUCGAGACGCUCAAGACCGAGAACGCCAAUUUGCGCCUGUUGAUAACACGAGGAGGCAUCUCAAAUGGUUCAGACCCUGCACAACCUGCGACUUUCCCACCGCAACCACCAUACGCGACUGCAAACAAUCCCUUCCCUGGUCCCAAUGAAGCAGCCGCCUCACGAUCAUUACUCGACCUGGCGCAAGGCGGUAUCGACUAUCCGACACGAGAGCCGACACUGCACACGCUGGGAAGAGUGACUCUGACCGAGAACGAAGUCAUGGACCUUGUGGGAAUCUACUUUGCGCGCUACCAUCCAUACCUCCCCUUGCUGUCCCCUGACACGCCCUACACAGCCUUCUUCGCCAUGUCUCCCCUAUUGCAUUGGACUAUUCUUACAAUCGCCAUGCGCCGCUAUGAAGGGCGCCCUGGCCUCUUGCAAGAGCUCCGUCGCUCAUUCACAGACUUGAUGUGGUCUACAAUCGCCUCGGAUCCGCAAUCCUACCAUAUUGUUAAGGCAUUGGUUCUUAUUUGCACAUGGCCCAUGCCUAGCAGCUCAACAUCGCACGACCCGAGCAUGAUGCUCUGUGGAACCAUGGUCCAGCUCGCUAUGCAGUUUGGUCUGCACCGCCCUUCGCAUGCCCAAGACUUUUCACGAAACCGCAUCGAGUUGCGCGAAGAGGAUAUUCAGGACCGCAUGCACACUUGGGUCGCUGUCAAUUUGAUCGCUCAGAACACAUCAACUGGUUAUGGCAUGCCUCAAAUUUCGCGCUGGAACUGGUACACUCAUGGCUUGCAUCUCGAUCGUAUCUCUGGAGCCUUCCGCAAUCGCAUUCAGAUUGAGAGAUUUGUCGACAAGGUCACACGUACAUGCUACAUCAUGCAACGAGACGAGUUCGUUGCUGGCGAUGAAGCACAACGCUUCCUUCUUAUCGAUACUCUUGGAAGAGAGUACGAAGAGCUCGAGACAUCACUGCGUGCAAACCAUGCCUCACACAUCGAUCUACUCAAUGCACAAAUCGCCUGCCUUCAUCUUCGCCUGACAGCUUUCUUUGGCUCCCCUUCGGCUCCCACGUACAAGUCUGAUCUUUCAGCAUUGUACAUUGCUGCGACAACAUUGCUCAAGUCCUUCUUGGCUCUUCCUCCCAACGUUGGAGUGCACACUCCUGGCGGCGAGCAUCUCUCAGGACCUUAUCAAUGCUUCGCGACCAACUACAUGAUGCAAAUGCUCUUGGCAGCAGGCUUCACCCUGAUGAAGUUGCUCAACUCCUUCUUCUCCAACAAGGUCGAUGUAACCAGCGGAAGAACACUUUUCCUACAGACUGUCGCCGCUCUCCGCAAUCUCUCCGUCGCACCCAACGACCUUCCACUCCGCCUCGCAGAAGUCCUCGCUCAACUAUGGCAAGCCAACGGCGGAGGCUCAACCAACAAACUAUACCCAGACUCUCCAAACUUCAUCCAAGACCCCGAACACUCCCUCCAACUCAAAGUCCGCUGCAGAAUGAGCAUGAGUCUGCUCUACGACAGUGUGUGGCGCUGGAAAGACCACGUCGGCGCCGGUGCAUCCAAGAACCUCGAUCGCGCUAUCCAGCAUCCUACUAUCCCUACUGCUAUCCCUAACGCAGAGACUAGUGAUGCAUUGCCGCCUUCUACCAUGGCGCCUGACCAAGACUUGACCCUCAGCGGUCUUGAGAAUUGGGAGAAUCUGAACUUUGCGGCUAAUGCGCCGUUUGAUUCUUUGGGGUGGGCGUUGGAUGGGUUCUUGGAUAUGCCUGAAGGGUUCAUGGCUUGA